AGGAUCAAUUAACUGACGUGUCUCUCUGGGCGUAGGGAAUUGGAGAUAGCAAUACUGCUCGUUCUUUCCUUUUUCCGCGUCAAGAGCGGCCGAGAUGGGGAUUAAAUUCCUUGAAGUAAUCAAGCCCUUCUGUGUUAUUUUGCCUGAGAUCCAGAAGCCAGAAAGGAAGAUCCAGUUCAAAGAAAAGGUGCUAUGGACAGCUAUCACCCUUUUCAUCUUCUUGGUUUGCUGCCAGAUCCCCCUUUUUGGUAUCAUGUCAUCAGACUCUGCGGAUCCUUUCUACUGGAUGAGAGUAAUUCUGGCUUCAAACAGAGGUACACUGAUGGAGCUGGGUAUUUCUCCCAUUGUUACUUCGGGUCUCAUCAUGCAGUUGCUGGCUGGUGCCAAAAUUAUUGAAGUUGGGGAUACACCAAAAGACAGAGCUCUCUUCAAUGGGGCACAGAAAUUGUUUGGCAUGAUUAUUACCAUUGGGCAGUCUAUUGUUUAUGUAAUGACUGGAAUGUAUGGAGACCCAUCAGAGAUGGGAGCCGGUAUUUGCCUUCUUAUCACCAUUCAGCUUUUUGUUGCUGGCUUGAUAGUUCUUCUUCUUGAUGAGCUUCUGCAGAAGGGGUACGGCCUUGGCUCUGGCAUUUCCCUUUUCAUUGCCACUAACAUCUGUGAGACAAUUGUAUGGAAAGCGUUCAGCCCAACUACAGUGAAUACUGGCCGAGGCAUGGAGUUUGAAGGAGCCAUCAUUGCCCUGUUCCAUUUGCUGGCUACUCGUACAGAUAAAGUCAGAGCUCUCAGAGAAGCCUUCUAUCGUCAAAACCUUCCCAAUCUGAUGAAUCUCAUUGCCACCAUAUUUGUCUUUGCUGUUGUAAUUUACUUCCAGGGAUUCAGAGUGGACCUUCCUAUAAAAUCUGCCCGUUAUCGUGGUCAAUACAAUACUUACCCUAUCAAACUGUUCUACACCUCCAAUAUUCCCAUCAUUCUUCAGUCUGCACUGGUGUCCAACUUGUAUGUGAUUUCCCAGAUGCUUUCUGCCCGUUUCAGUGGCAAUUUGUUGGUUAGCCUGCUGGGUACUUGGUCUGACACAUCAUCUGGAGGGCCUGCUCGUUCUUACCCUGUUGGUGGACUUUGCUAUUACUUGUCACCUCCAGAGUCUUUUACUUCAGUGUUGGAAGAUCCUGUUCAUGCAGUUGUUUACAUUGUGUUUAUGCUGGGCUCCUGUGCUUUCUUCUCUAAAACCUGGAUUGAAGUCUCUGGCUCCUCUGCCAAGGAUGUUGCUAAACAACUAAAAGAACAGCAGAUGGUGAUGAGGGGUCAUAGAGAAACUUCCAUGGUUCAUGAACUUAACAGGUACAUCCCUACAGCUGCAGCAUUUGGUGGCCUCUGCAUUGGUGCCCUCUCUGUGCUGGCAGACUUCCUUGGGGCAAUUGGAUCAGGCACUGGAAUCUUACUAGCUGUUACCAUCAUUUACCAGUAUUUUGAAAUCUUUGUAAAGGAGCAGAGUGAAGUUGGCAGCAUGGGAGCACUUCUUUUCUAAAUACACUGUCCCAUGGACCCUAGGGGAGGAUGAAGUGUGUUCUUGAAUUUUAAAAAAAUCAGUUGGAACAAAUUAAAGCAUCACACUAGCAUGGGCACAUCACAUUAACAGGAACACAUUUUAAUGUUUUCCAAAGCACAUUCCUUUGGUUCAGACUUUGUUUAUACUGUUGACCUUUUUUAAAUUGUUGGAAAACAUACAAAAAAUCCUUUUUAGAAAAGAAGGCUUUUGGUUCUUAAUUAUUGCAGGAAGCUAACUUUCCUAAACUGGGUUUAAUUUGACAGUAUUCUGUUUUAAAAGAAACAAACUCCACGGAAUUUUUGAAACUUGUAGCUUCAGUAAACGGGUGUGGGAGGGGACUAAUUGGCUGCAAUAUGCUGUCUUAUUUGCAGGGGCAGUUGAGAGAGAUGUCUUAACUCUGCUGCCACCCAUACCAGUCCAGUUACUGUUGAAAGCACAGAUGUGUUCUCUUUUCCACAAGGUACUACUGAUUGGACCAGGCCUUAGACUGCCAGAGGUUUCAUCAGGUGUGCUGAUUUUUUGCCUCUGCAGUCCAUUGGCUUCUCACUAUCUCACUUUAGGGCUUGAUCAAAUGUCCUGGCCUUUCAGUAGAAGUCUCAAAUCAGUCUAGGCUACUUAAUGCCUUAAAAUUAUAAAUUGACCAGUCAUACUGUACCAAACGUGAAGCCUGCAAUUUCUUAGGCAUAUCACUGUGUUUGUAUUUUUUGUGUGUGUCCUACGGAGGGCAUGAUGCAGCAUCCCUCUUAGGAGAUAUGCUCUUCAUCAAGCAGUUCUCAUCUGCUGUCAUUUUAAAAUAAGUUAACAUCUAACCAGAUAUGGAUGCAUUCAGUUAACUUAGUGUAUGGAAGCUGCCUCAGGUGAAACUUUCAUAUUGCUCUAGAGUUAUUUUUCCCCCUCGGUAGUUCCAGAACGGUAGCUAAACAUUCUGCACAGUAUUGUCUAUGCUGAAAUAGAUUUGCCAUUUCUUACAUGCUUUUGCUUAAGCAAGUAUGAAGAAAUGGAGACAUUUCCCUGGGGACCUAGAGGUUCUUGCUUGCUUUCCAAAUUACUACUACCAAAUUGGAGAAGUAGCCGUAAAAGUCUUUAAGAAUUCCCCUCUCCCCAAUUCCUUAGACUCAGUGUCUGGUGAGAGUUGUUCAUGGUUGUAAGGUGUUACAUGUAUUGUGUAGGAUCAAAUUAAAAACAAUACUUGGUAUAAAGGAAGCCUGCAAGUAGAUUUCCCUUGGUCAGCUGACAUUGGCCCAGUUGGGAAACUUGAGAGGAUGGUGCUGAAAUAGUUUUUUAGCAAAAAGUAUGAAAGUUUCUAACAUGAUAAAAAACUGGAAUAAUGACAGCAGUUUUCAUAAAAGCUGUUAGCAGUCUAAUCCCCAUGUAGUUCAAGCUGUGCACUAGAGAGGUUUCUGUACUAUUUAUGUGGAAGAGAUUAGUCAAGUGAAAUACUGCAGUGGAGUGUCUUGAGCAGCAUGAGACUACUGCCGGGGAGGUGCAGGCUGGAAUUGGUUAAAUAAUGGGGUAGAGAAAUGGUUGGCUUUAAAGAGAGAAAAAUCAGGCUUUUGUUUUAUUUAUUUGAAACAUUUCUGUGCCAACUUUCCACCCAACUCAGAGUACCCAAGGCAGCAAGCAUUAAAUCAGCAUUUAAAAUACAACUAUCUAAAACAAUUGGGUGAAACUUAUAAACACACAAACAGGAAGGCUAAGAAGAGUUAGUGAAGGAACACCAAACAAAACAAGUCUUCACUUGCUGGUGGAGGACAAUGGUAAAGGGAGAUAAUCAAGUCUCCCUGUGGAGAGAGUUGCAACGUUUCAGCACCAGGACUCAGAAUGCCCUUUCUCAGGUUGCCACUUGUGUAGCCUCAGAUGAUGUACUCACCCCAAACACAACCUCUGAAGCUAACUGGAGUGUGAUUGGGUAGAUUUACAUGGGAACAGAUGGUUCUUAAGGUAUGUUGGUUUUAAGCUCUAUCGGGCUUUAAAGGUCAAUGCCAGCAUCCUGAAUUGGGCAUGGGUGCAAAUUGGGAGCCAGUAUAGAUUGAACUAGACUGGAGUGAUAGGGUCCUUACAACCUUCUCGAAUCAGCGUUCUGGCUGCGGCAUUCUGUACCAACUGUAGCUUCCAUUUAGUCUUCAAGGACAGCCCCUUCCCCUUGUAGAACCUGUUUCAGUAAUCUAUUCUAGAUGUUCUCAGGGCAUGCACCACAAUGGCAAGUUCUUUUUAGGCCAACUGCUCUCAGUUCUGGAGCUGGACUAGGAAUUUUUUAUUUCUUCUUUCUGUAUGAUCUGAAUAGACUGUGGACCUGCAUUUCUUUAAAAUCUUGUGAAAGGCAUGCUUUGUAUAUUUCAUGUCCCAUGAUUGGAUCCUUUGUAUAUUAUUUCUAGUAAGUGCACCUAGGUCCUGACCUGGAUAGCUCAGGUGAGCCUGAUCUCGGUGGAUCUCAAAAGCUAAGCAGGGUCAGCCUUGGUUAGUAAUUGGAUAGGAGACCUCCAGUGAAGACCAGGGCUGUAGAGGCAGGCAAUGGCAACCCACCUCUGUUAGUCUCUUGCCAUGAGAACCCCACCAGGGGUCGCCACGAGUCACCUAUGACUUGUGGGCACUCUCCAUUACCAAGUGCAGCCAGAAGAAACAGCUGGAGUGUCACAAGCAAGAUACAAUACUCAGAAGGCCUUGCUUGUUCACUUAAGUGCUCUGGGAAGAAUUAGUCAAUAAGCUAUCUAGACAAAACUACAGGCUUAAAAAUAAAGAGCACUAUGAAUCUGAGCCAAUAGAGCUAAUAUGGAAUAGGCAUUACAUAUUCAUUUAAAGUCAUACAAGAACAGUCUGCUGUUAGUAUUGUGGUUGCUGCAUUCUGGACCAAAUGUACAUCAGCAGCAGCAACCUUUGAUUGGCAUUUAUUAAAAAAAAAAUUAAUCAGUCAGAGCAAAACCAAAGUACAGCAAAAUCAAUUGACAGAAGAAUUAACCAUAUACUAACCAAAUGUAGUUUCCAAAAGCAGCCCUCUGAGUGCAUUACCAAUAAUUUAAGUUACCAGUGCGACAGUGGUCAAUCUUUUUUCCAUUGAAAAGGUCACAGGUGGAGGACCAGUCUAAGUUAAGCAAAAGAGUUGUCCUAAAUAUCUGUAACAACUCUCACUCCAUUCUUAGCAAUGCAUUUAUCACAAUUUUUUUACUUCUGGAUGAAAUGUUUGAUUCCCCCCCCCCAAACAACAAUCUUUUGCGAGAGUCUCCCAACCUUCAGAAGUAGAUAUUUGGGAGGCUCAGUGGACUGCUGUAGCAGGAGUAGGCCUGCUCUGCUUGGGGUACUGGAUUCAACCUACAUACCGUGUCUCCCAAUGAUCUUUCACUCUUUUAAAUCGAAUGCCACAUUGUAUUAUACUUUAUAUUGCCUAAUGGCCUUGAAAAUAGUUCUCAGCAUACAUACAGCUCUAUAUAAAUGCUAUAAUUUUUAUGAUAACCCUAUUAUCACAGAUCAUUUUGUGGAAGGGGCAGGCUGCCCUGAGUACCUUGUCUAAGGUCAGUUAUAAGCUGAUAGCAGAUUUGGGAUGGACUUUUCUUGAUUUUACACUUCAGUCCCUAGGCCAUGGUAACACACCAGCUCUCAAGCAAUAGAGAUCAAACCUGACAUUGUCUUUGCAAUGCAUUAGAUUGUGAUUGCAGGUGCCAACUUUUAUUCUGAUAGCUGUUUUCAAGGGAGAUGCCACACUGCUUUUGUUUUGUAAUUUUCUCCUCUUAACCCCUACCCACCAUGGGUGUAGAAUUGGCAAAACAGAAGCUGUGAAUUAGAGGUUAAAACAGUGGAGAAAAAUAAUAUACUGUAGAUGAAUAUCCCUUUAAAACAGCAUGUCUUGGGCAGGAAAGCUCAGUCUUGGUGUCUUCAAACAAUGACCGGCUUUUAUGUGGAAGCUGGUUAUGCACAGGAAAUUGCUGCAUUCCAUAUGUGGCCUGUAAUGUGACAGUCGUACCUGUGUGUAUUUAGCUUGUACAUACAUGUGGUAGGAUGGUGGAAGAGAGCACAGUUUCUACUCAGUGCAUGCAGUGAUUUUAUGAGUUGUGUGGAAUUCUGUGAUUUCUUCCAUGAACAUGGUUUUGAGAAGGUGUGAAGCUGCCUUUCUGUGGACUUCCAUUGCUAUGAUACUAAACACAUUUUAAACAGCCUAGAAGAACUGUACCAGUGUUUCAUUAAGAGGGGCUGGUGUGCCAUCAUGAAGUUCUUUCUGUUUCGGGAAACAAAGUUCCUCCUUGUCAGGAAAAAGAUAUAUAUGUUUAAACUAUAGGAAGUAAGCUACUUGCUCUGCUUUGUCUUGAGAAAGACAGAAUGAGACCGAGAAGCAAAGUGCUAUUAUUUCAAUCAAAUACAUCUUUAUUCACUAUCUUUGUGCUCUUACAUGUGAGAUGUAGGACCAACAACACUCCGUUCCAGAGUGUAUGAGUAUGGCUUAAAGUAGUUCCCCUUAAAUAAAAAAAAAACUUUUAAAAACCACCCCUUUACUUGUUAGUCUUCAAGAUUUCUUCCUACCAGAUAUGUCAAAUAUCAGGAAACCAUUUGCCUAUUUUUAAUUUUGAUAAUUUGUUUCUCACUUGUAGGAAAUGCCUCUGACAAAUAUAGAAAGAACACUGAAGAUGAGCAGGCAGUGUGCUUAUGCUUUGGCUAUUUAUUUUUUUAAAAUAUUGCUUUAGCUUCAGAGUGACAAUGGAGAGCAACAUGUGUGUGAUGGUUUUAGAGAUACAGUACAAAAGAAGAGUAGAAUGAGGUAUCUUCUUAAGCCUCCCCUCUGUUUAUGUGACUUGAAUUAAAUGCCCAGUCCAGGA